UAACAAUGCCUCGAUGAGUUAGCAAUUUGCUUAGAACUCGAAAAUUUGUUGGGAUCGUACUUUAGAGUUUUUACAUUUUAAUUUUACUCGAAUUCAAUACUUACCUACGAAAUUUAUCAACAUGGUUCUUGAAAGUACAAUGAUAUGUGUUGAUAACAGUGAUUAUAUGCGUAAUGGUGACUUUGUGCCUACUCGUCUACAAGCUCAACAGGAUGCUGUUAACUUGGUGUGUCUUUCUAAGACUCGUUCAAAUCCAGAGAAUAAUGUUGGUCUAUUAACUUUGGCUAAUGCUCGUGUAUUAGCUACUUUGACAGCUGAUGUUGGUCGUAUUCUUUCUAAAUUACAUCAAGUGCAGCCCAACGGAAACAUAAAUUUUUCUACAGGCAUUAGAAUUGCACAUUUGGCAUUGAAACAUCGUCAAGGAAAAAACCAUAAAAUGCGUAUUGUAGCAUUUAUUGGCAGCCCUGUAGGUUUGGAUGAAAAAGAAAUUAUUAAGUUAGCUAAAAGACUUAAGAAAGAAAAGGUUAAUGUAGAUGUUGUUUCUUUUGGCGAAGAGGCAGAAAAUUCUGAUGUAUUAACUGCCUUCGUUAAUACAUUAAAUGGCAAAGAUGGUGGUGGUAGUCAUCUUAUUGCUGUACCACCUGGUUCACAUUUCUCUGAGGCAUUAGUAUCAUCCCCAGUUAUUCAGGGAGAGGAUGGUGCUGGUGGAGCUGGUCUUGGUGGAUCUGGAUAUGAAUUUGGAGUUGAUCCUAAUGAAGAUCCUGAAUUAGCUUUGGCCUUACGUGUUUCAAUGGAAGAACAAAGAGCUAGACAAGAGCAAGAGGCUCGUCGAGGUCAAGCUUCUUCUGGUACUGAUGCUUCAACUUCUCGUCCAGAAACUAUUAAUGAGACUUCAUCUGAUGAAGCAAUGUUGGAACGUGCUUUGGCUAUGUCUAUGGAAACUGGUGAAGAUGAGCCAAUGAUUGUACAAGAGAAAUCAGGCUCGACUUCUGGAUCUACUGCUGUUACAGCUGCUGCUGUUACUGCAUCUGAAGUGGACUUCAAUAAUAUGACAGAAGAAGAGCAGAUAGCGUUUGCAAUGCAAAUGUCUAUGCAAGAUUCAGCAGUUGAAGAAAAAGCAUCUUCAUCUGGUCCGAAUUCCAAAGAGGAAGCUAUGGAUGUCGACUACUCAGAAGUGAUGAAUGAUCCUGAAUUUAUUCAAAGUGUGUUGGAAAAUUUACCUGGGGUUGACCCGCAAAGCGAUGCUGUACGUCAAGCUGUCGGUCUUGUCAGUAAGGAUUCUAAGGAUAAAGAUCAAAAAAAUGAUAAAGACAAGAAUAGCAAGAAAUAAGCUUAAAAUUGGAAAUAACAAUAUUAUACUUAUUAUCUCUAUUUUUUUUUUUUUUUAAACAUUCAUAUAAAUAAUUUAAGGUAUCU